CAGUUGAGAGAUCCUUUUGGAAUAUUCCAUAUCUGCUGAGGAUAAAAAGGAUUCUCGUAGGGUUUUUGUUUUUACAUUUUCGUACGUCUUGGCAGUCUCGUCUUUCAAAAGGAAGAAAAUGUCGGCCUUUGUAGGAAAAUACGCAGACGAGCUGAUCAAGAAUGCCAAGUACAUAGCCACCCCUGGCAAGGGAAUCCUAGCCGCUGAUGAGAGCACUGGGACCAUCGGCAAACGGCUGGCAAGCAUCAACGUUGAGAACAUCGAAUCCAACCGUCAAGCCCUCCGUGAGCUCCUCUUCACCUCACCCAAUGCCCUGGCCCACCUCUCUGGCGUCAUCCUAUUCGAAGAAACGCUCUAUCAGAAGACAUCCAACGGUAAGCCGUUCGUUGAGGUCCUCCAGGAGAAUUCUGUCAUCCCAGGCAUCAAGGUCGAUAAAGGGACGGUUGAUAUUGCUGGCACGAAUGGGGAGACCACAACCCAGGGCUUUGAUUCGCUCGGGUCUCGCUGUGCACAGUACUACAAGGCUGGGGCCCGUUUUGCUAAAUGGAGGGCUGUGCUUAAGAUCGGGCCCACCGAGCCAUCUGAGCUGUCCAUCCAGCAGAAUGCACAGGGCCUGGCCCGUUAUGCCAUCAUCUGCCAGGAGAAUGGACUGGUGCCGAUCGUCGAGCCGGAGGUGCUAACGGACGGUAGUCAUGAUAUCAAGAAAUGUGCGGCUGUGACGGAGGCCGUACUUGCAGCCGUGUACAAGGCCUUGAAUGAUCAUCACGUGCUUCUGGAAGGGACACUCCUCAAGCCCAACAUGGUUACCCCAGGAUCGGAUAGCCCAAAGGUGGCGCCUGAGGUGAUCGCAGAGUACACGGUGACGGCGCUCCGCCGCACCGUCCCGCCGGCAGUGCCCGGCAUUGUAUUCCUCUCCGGCGGGCAGAGCGAGGAAGAGGCGACGUUGAACCUCGACGCCAUGAACAAGCUGGAAGUGUUGAAGCCAUGGACACUAUCUUUCUCCUUCGGCCGCGCCCUCCAGCAGAGCACUCUCAAGACCUGGGCUGGGAAGAGGGAGAACGUCGCCGUUGCUCAGGCGGCAUUCUUGGCAAGGUGCAAGGCGAACUCUGAGGCGACGCUCGGGAAGUACGUCGGCGGGAGUGGAAGUGGGUUGGCGACGGAGAGCUUGUAUGUGAAGGGCUACAAGUACUAGAGAUUCUACAAAGGGAGGGAUGGAUGCUACUGGAAUGUAUCAUAUGCAUUUGCGUGCUACUAUUUCUCUCUCUAGAUACGAACCUGUUCAGAUUCUAAUCGACCCAUAUUACAAUCCAAUGUUUAGAAUUUGAUUUUGAUA